AGUUGCUCGGAGACUUGUUACGCAAGCGACCGAAAGAAACAGAUGGCGUGGAAUCGUGCAUCGUUGUAGACAAUAUACCCCAGGUUGGGCAGGAUCGACUGGAAAAACUGCAGAUGGUCCUGCGAAAGAUCUUCUCAAAGUUCGGAAAGAUCGUCAAUGAGUUUUACCCAAAGGAGAACGGAAAGACAAUGGGCUAUGUGUUUUUUGAGUAUGGGAACCCAAAUAGUGCUAGGGAGGCUGUAAAGAUGACAAAAGGCUACAAGCUUGACAAGCUGCACACCUUCGAGGUCAAUCUGCUUACGGAUUUUGACAAGUACAGUAACAUACCAGAAGACUGGGAACCUCCGGAACCACAACUCUACAAAGAUCCGGGUAACUUGCGGCAUUGGCUGAUGGACAAUGACUGCCACGACCAGUACAGUGUGAUUCACGAUGGUGGAGAUCGCACGUGCAUCUUCCUCAACACGCCGCUAGAACCAAGGAUGUUGGAAGAGCGAGCUAAAUGGACCGAGACGUACGUGCGCUGGUCACCACUGGGCACGUAUCUCGCCACGUUCCACCAGCGCGGCAUCGCUCUCUGGGGUGGCGAGAACUUCCGGCAGAUCAUGAAAUUCAGCCACAGCGGUGUUCACCUGAUCGACUUUUCGCCGUGUGAAAAGUAUCUGGUCACGUUCAGCCCACUGCCCGACAACAAAGACGAUCCUCAAGCGAUCAUCAUCUGGGAUCUGCGCACCGGCAUCAAGAAGCGUGGCUUUCACUGCGAGAAGGAUUCGGUGUGGCCCAUAUUCAAGUGGAGUCAUGAUGGAAAGUACUUAGCUAGAAUGAGCCCAGACACGCUGUCUGUCUAUGAGACACCGUCGUUCGCGCUACUGGACAAGAAGAGUCUGAAGGUCACGAAUCUGAAGGACUUCUCCUGGUCUCCGUCGGACAACAUCAUUGUCUACUGGGUGCCGGAGGACAACAACGUGCCCGCACGCGUCGUCCUCCUCGAGAUGCCGAGCCGCAAGGAGCUGCGCGUGAAGAACCUGUUCAGUGUGGCCGACAUCAAGAUGUUUUGGCAGAAGACAGGCGAUUACUUAUCUGUGAAGGUUGACCGCUAUGCUAAGUCCAGGAAAGAUGACAAGGGGGAGGUCAAGUUUGCCGGCAUGUACUACAAUUUCGAAAUAUUCCACAUACGAGAAAAGCAAAUACCAGUGGAUGUCGUGGAAUUAAAAGAGCCCAUCAUCGCAUUCGCCUGGGAGCCAGUAGGCAGCAAGUUUGCCGUGAUCCACGGAGAAUCGACACGAAUCACCGUUAGCUUCUACACCGUCAAGUCCGACAACCAAGUGUCCUUAUUCAAGUCGUUGGAGAAGCGGCAGGCCAACCACCUGUUCUGGUCGCCGCAGGGGCAGUUCUGCGUGCUGGCGGGCCUGCGCGGCUUGGGCGGCGUGCUGGAGUUUGUCGACACGAACGACGUGACGGUGAUGAACGGCGUGCAGCACGACCUCGCCACCGAUGUCGAGUGGGACCCGACAGGACGCUACGUGAUAUCGGCCGUCAGCUGGUGGACGUGCCGGGAGGAUACCGGCUACUGGCUGUGGUCGUUCCAAGGCAAGCUGAUGCAGCGGCACGCGAUCGAUCGGUUUUGUCAGGUGCUGUGGCGUCCUCGUCCACCAACGCUACUCACCAAGGAUCAUAUGAAGGAGAUCAAGAAGAACCUGAAGAAGUAUGCGGCAGGGUUUGACCUCAAGGAUAAGAUGACCCAGUCCAAGGCAUCAAAGGAACUGAUAGAGAAACGGCAGGAGCUUAUGAAGGAGUUCAACGACUACAGAAAGAAAUGCCACGAUAUCUACGAGUCGCUGGCUGAUCAGCGUGAGGAGCUACGCAAAGGACAAGUUGACGAACAAGAAUCUGAAGAUCUGGAGGAGGAGACAAUUGAAUUUUUCAUAAAGGAAGAGGAAAUCAUUAUCGAUUCAGAGUAGUUGCCAUAGUGACGUUACACACUGCACCAGCGUGCAAGUUUUGUUGCCAGAGAGACUGCAUUAGCUGGUUUGCCCUCGUGCGCUGGACGGCGAAUUGUUCGAUAUAUCCCCCAGACCUAUCCUCUGUUUCACUCGUAUUUUCUCAGCUGUUUGUUUAUUGGUGCGUUCGCGCGUGCCGUUAGUCGCACUGACUAUCUUUGGCUGCGCGUUAUACGGUUGAACUAAUCAGAUCGGUGGUAAGGUUCGGAAGAGUCGGUAGACAUCGUCAGAACUUGUGGUUUUCUUUGUACAAGCAUUUAAAGGCAUUUGUUAAGAAUCUGUAGGUGGUGAUAGAAUGAAAAUUGCGGGUGGUUAUGGAUGUAUCAUGAAAUUUUCCUAUGCACAUUUAUCAGCCAUUGUUUGUGUGUUUGUGCAGCGCAUUGGAAAGUACCCUUGGCCGUUUACGAUAGGAAACAAGAUAAUAAAUUAUUUUACGUCCUGGGUA